AUGGCACCUCCACCAAGCACUGUAAACCGUGAGAUGGCACCUCCACCUAACACUCUAAACCAGCACAUGGCACCUCCACCUAGCACUCUAAACCGUGAGAUGGCACCUCCACCUAGCACUCUAAACCUUAAGAUGGCACCUCCACCUAGCACUAUAAACAGUGAGAUGGCACCUCCACCAAGCACUGUAAACCGUGAGAUGGCACCUCCACCUAGCACUCUAAACAGUGAGAUGGCACCUCCACCUAGCACUCUAAACAGUGAGAUGGCACCUCCACCUAGCACUUUAAACCGUGAGAUGGCACCUCCACCUAGCACUAUAAACAGUGAAAUGGCACUUCAACCUAGCACUCUAAACCGGCAAAUGGCACCACCACCUAGCUCUGUAAACAGUGAGAUGGCACCUCCACCUAGCACUAUAAACAGUGAGAUGGCACCUCCACCAAGCACUGUAAACCGUGAGAUGGCACCUCCAUCUAGAACUCCAAACCGUGAGAUGGCACCUCCACCUAGCACUCUUAACAGUGAGAUGGCACCUCCAGCUAGCACUUUAAACCGUGAAAUGGCACCUCCAUCUAGAACUCCAAACCGUGAGAUGGCACCUCCACCUAGCACUCUAAACAGUCAGACGGCACCACCACCUAGCACUCUAAACCGUGAAAUGGCACCUCCACCUAGCAUUUUAAACAGUGAGAUGGCACCUCCACCUAGCACUGUAAACAGUGAAAUGGCACCUCCACCUAGCACUCUAAACCAGCAAAUGGCACCUCCACCUAACACUGUAAACCGUGAGAUGGCACCUCCAUCUAGCACUCUAAACCAUGAGAUGGCACCUCCACCUAGCACUCUUAACAGUGAGAUGGCACCUCCAGCUAGCACUUUAAACCGUGAGAUGGCACCUCAACCUAGCACGCUAAACUGGCAGAUGGGACCUCCACCUAGCACUGUAAAUCGUGAGAUGGCACCUCCACCUAACACUCUAAACCAGCAAAUGGCACCUCCACCUAGCACUCUAAACCGUGAGAUGGCACCUCCACCUAGCAUUCUAAACCAGAAAUGGUACCUCCACCUAGCACUGUAA